AUGGCACAACGAUCAGGGCACCGUCACGGACGUGGUGGACAUCAUGGACGUGGCGGACAUCAUGGACGUGGCGGACAUCACGGACGUGGCGCGCAUCAUGGACAUGGUGGACAUCAUGGCCAUCAUGGACAUCAUGGUCAUCAUGGACAUCAUGGACAUCAUGGACAUCAUGGCCAUCAUGGACAUCGUGGUCAUCAUGGACACCGUGGACAUCAUGGCCAUCAUGGACUCCAUGGUCAUCAUGCACUUCAUGUUCAACAUGGAAUUCACGGUCAUCCUGGGCAUCAUAACCAGCAGGGAUAUAGUGGUCAUCAUGGACAUCAUAGUUUUUUCAUUCUAAUUUAUUUAAUAUUCAAAAUAAUUUCACCUGUUUUUUGUAUUAAUUUAACACCAACCCUAAACACCAAGAACGGUGCUUUGUUUGGUGAAAAUAAAGGUUACUACAAUGCAUAUAAGUCCAUACCUUAUGCACACCCACCUAUAGGAGAAUUACGUUUUGAACCACCCAAAGCAUUAACAGAGAGUUGGGCCCACAUAUUAAAUGCUACAACCACAGCAUCCAAGUGCUUACAGUGGCUUACAACAGAAACGAGUGAUCCUAUAGUGGGUAGUGAAGAUUGUUUAUACUUGAAUGUGUUUGUACCACAACGGAAUCAAAAAACACAGUCAUCUAUUUUACUACCAGUAAUGGUUUUUAUACACGGUGGUGGAUUAAUGUGGGGUUCAGCAGAUUUUUAUGGUGAAGAAUAUAUAAUGCAGAAUGGCGGUAUAAUAUUAGUAACAUUUAACUAUAGAUUAGGUCCAUUUGGUUUUCUAAGUACUGAAGAUAAGGAAAUACCAGGUAAUAUGGGUUUUAAAGACCAAACUAUGGCACUUGAAUGGAUAUACGAGAAUAUUUAUGAUUUCGGUGGCGAUAAUACUAAAAUAUUAUUGUCAGGUUGGUCAGCUGGUGGCGCCAGUGUAAAUUUUCAUUUAGUAUCAGAGCUCACACAUGCUGAAUGGUUUAAUAGCGCUGCUUCUUUUAGCGGUACAGCACUUUGUCCUUGUCAUGCCAUAUAUAGCGGAGCUGCUUUAGAAAAGACUAAGCAAAUAGCAGCUUACUUAAAUUGCAGUGUAGAAUCACUCAAUACUACAGAAGGUAUUAAAAAAUGUUUGAAAACAAAAACAGCUGUAGAUAUCAUUAGUCAAAUCAAAAAAUUUUAUAAAUACGCCAAUCAUCCAUUUGCCAUCUUUGGUCCGGUAAUCGAAGACAAAAAGAGUGCGCAACCCUUUCUACUUAAUCAUGUGGAGAAUUUAAUGUAUCACGGUAAAGUGAAAGCAAAACCAUGGUUAGUUACUAUAACAGCACAAGAUGGUGGUUUCGGUACGGCUGAGUUUCUUAAAAAGGGUGCUGAUGGUCGUGAACUUAUAUAUACUUUAAAUGACAAAUGGACUGAAUUAGCGCCUAUAAUGUUGUUUUUUAAUAGUACACUUACAAAAGAACAACAAGUGAAAUUAGCGCUGGAAUUAAGGCAAACAUAUUUUGGUAGCAAAAAUAUUAGUGUGGAAACAUAUACAGAACUUGAAAAUCUCUAUAAUAUGGAAUUAAGCAUAAUGCAUGUUAAUAAAGUUGUGGAAUUAUUUGAAAAGUUUACAAGCAACGCGAAAGUAUAUGGGUAUAUCUAUGAUAACCCUGCACCAUUUAGUUACGGUAAUGUGCAAGCGGAACGUGAUGAUUGGAAAUUUGGUACUCUACAUGGUGACGACAUUUCCCUUAUAUUCAAAACAUCCAUCCGACACAACCACCCACUUACCACGGAUGAGUUGAAAAUAUCAAAACAACUCAUUGAAAUGCUCGUGGGUAUGGCGAAGUCAGGUUUGCCCACGUAUACAGGAACAGCUUUACCACAGUUGAGAGCUGAAAACCAAUAUCAAUUUCCUUCAAUAACGAAAAAUGGUAUACAAAAUAUAUAAGAAAGUACGAACAAAGACACCUAAAUCUAUUUAAUUUGUGUGCAAAAUCAUUAUAAUUUAAGACAAGUAACA